AUGUCGCACAAGUCCAAAAACCUCCAAUAUGAGAUGGAAGAGCCCGCCUUCCUGCGGCGCCUGCGGCAGCAGCACGCCGGCGGCGGUGGGCCGGACCGCUAUAUCGCGCCGCGCAAUAAGAAGACGGCCGUGGACGACGAGGAGGAUGCGCCGGCGUAUGUGAUGGAGGGGUCAGAGGUGUCGAGGGAGGAGUUUGAUGCCCUCACGAGUAGGAAAGGGGCGCAGGCGGAGGGAGAGGAGGGUGCUGCUGCUGGGGAGGAGAGCGUUGUGCCUGUUGGGGAAGAGAGUAAGGAGGUUGUGGGGAAGGUGAAGGGAGAGGAGGAGGCGGGAAGGGUGCUGAAAGAGAACGUCACUGAAAUAGGCGUCAAGGGGAAGAAACGGAAGGCGACUAAGAUCGGUGGCGAUGAUGAUGAGCCGGCUGAGAAAGAGAAGAAGGAGGAGGUGAAGGAUAAGAAGGGAAAGGCGACAAAGGCGGGCAGCAAACCUAAGAAACGAGCAGUCAAGCUGUCAUUCGAUCAGGAAUGA